AUGGGUAUGGUGGAGGCCCCAACAGCAUCAUAUUCAUCACUUGCACAGCGCUCAUCGUGGCAUUCUCCGGUGCCCUACCUCUUCGGAGGAUUGGCUGCCAUGUUAGGGCUCAUUGCUUUUGCUCUCUUGAUUCUGGCCUGCUCGUAUUGGAAACUUUCCGGCUACCUCGAGAACCAGGGCGAAACCGAAAGGGAUCUUGAGGCCGGAGAGGUUAAUGGCGGCGGCGAUAUUGGCUCAGCAGAUGGCAGCCUAAAGGCGGCGCCACCAGUUCUUGAAGAUAAGUAUCUAGUGAUCAUGGCUGGCCAAGAGAAGCCAACUUUCUUGGCCACUCCUAUGUCCAGUAGAGCAUCAUCUUUUGGCAGUAAAAGUACUUUCAGUUCUAGUAGUAAAUCUACAGAGGCAUAA